UAGACUACCGACUCGGCGCGGCGCUUUCUAACCCUCGGGCUCCCCCCGAUCACGUUCAAUACUAGCUCGGCACCUCUCUCAAUUUUCCCCAAUAGCUCUUCGUAUAUCUCCGCUCCUGUCGUCCUUCACGUGUCUCUUCCCUGCUCGUGAGCCCGCUCAUUACACACUCAUCAAGAUGUCCGGCGAGAAGCGACCUGCCCAAGAGGCCUUUGGUUCCUCCAAUCAGCUAGUCGUCAAGCGAAAGAAGUCCGAUGCUGGUAUCGACAAUAGUGCAGCUGUGGUCAAGGGCUCUUCGCAAAAUGGGGCUCUCGUGCAAGCCGUUCCCCGCACCAGCGGGCUCCAGGCUCCGAUCAUGGAACUUACGGGCCAUUCCGGUGAGGUUUUCUCUGUACGAUUCGAUCCAACGGGUCAGCACAUCGCUUCAGGAUCGAUGGAUAGAUCAAUCUUGCUUUGGAAUACAUACGGUGAUUGUGAGAACUAUGGUGUACUGUCAGGCCAUCGAGGCGCGAUCCGUGACCUGCAAUGGUCCCGAGACUCUAAGACGAUAUUCUCCGCAUCGACGGAUAUGACGCUUGCCAGCUGGGACCUAGAAACCGGACAAAGGAUUAGACGACACGUGGGGCACGAAGAUUACAUCAAUUGUCUCGAUAUCAGCAAAAGAGGUCAGGAGUUACUGGUCAGUGCCAGCAACGACGGCAGUAUAGGCAUCUGGGACCCUCGGCAGAAGGACGCCAUCGACUGUCUGGAGACCGAACUUCCCAUCACCGCGGUGGCGCUCUCCGAGGCUGGAAAUGAAAUAUACAGUGGCGGUAUCGACAACGCCAUCCAUACGUGGGAUAUUCGGAAGAAAGGCAUCGUAUAUUCCUUAACGGGGCACACGCAUACCAUCACCUCACUCGAAUUAUCGCCGGACUCGCAAACGCUUCUCUCCAACUCUUUCGACUCCACGGUACGGACAUGGGACGUUCGGCCUUUUGCACCGGCCAACCGACACAUUCGGACUUUUGACGGUGCACCAGUUGGCCUGGAAGAAAAUCUAAUUCGGGCCAGUUGGGACCCGAUGGGUGAGAAGAUUGCCACUGGUAGCGGAGACCGAAGUGUCGUCGUGUGGAACUCCAAGAGUGGGAAACUCCUAUACAAAUUGCCAGGGCAUAAGGGGACUGUCAAUGAUGUCCGCUUCUCGCCCAACAACGAGCCUAUCAUUGUUUCUGGAUCAUCCGAUCGCACUCUUUUGCUCGGUGAGCUUGGCAAGUGAAUUAGUCGUGGGGGUUAGACCAGACGUCUAUCAACAAUUUACCAUGCCAUAGCACCGCGCAAGAGGCGACUAGAAUGUACAUGCAUUAUAUUGAGCUACAUCGCCUACAGAGGCUCGUGCGGUUCUGGGACGCAGUAAUCACAAGAAGCACAUCCAAGCGGGGCCUAGGGCAGUCUAGCCAAGGAGGGUGGCUUCGUGAGGACGAUGGCGGUGACAAAGCAAGGCUACUAUCAGAUCUUUGAAUUUCCCCGAUCCAACAUCAUUCAGCAAUGAGCGCUAUAUCGUCAAGCAUCUCUGUCUAUUCUUCGACUGCACUGCUACCCCAGUGUACGGUACUCUUCAUAUAGGCUGUGCAGCCAUAUAGUCAAUUGUAUAGUGUCCUGGGGGGUGACUCGACCGUACUUACCCAUAAUCAAGACUGCCGCAACUUUAACCAUGACAUCAUUGG